AUGCUAUUCGUGAUAGCAGAAGUUGUGGGACAAGCCAAAUGGUCAUGGAUGGCGGUGCCGCGGCCGCUACGCCAUGUCGAACGUUUUGACAAUGCUGGCAGAGGUGCAUGGGGCUCUUUGAAGUUCUUGCUUUUCAUACCUAAACAAUCCGCAACUGUAAUAGGUGCUCUGGUUGUGAUAGCUUCCUACGCCACCGGCCCCCUAUCCCAACAAGCCGUCAAAACAUACCCUUGCGAGGUUUCGUCCAAGGGUGUUGCUCGCAUCUCAGUUGCAGAACGGGCUACAAACGUGGACUCCCCGCGAGCUAUUGGAUUCCUCAGUCCGCAGAUGAGCACCGUCGCCAUUAAUGGUUUACUUGGUAUCCCUCCCGACGUUUCUCAGCUGUUCCAGUGCGAUUCGGGCAACUGUGUAUUCGAAGCCAUGUCUGGAAUCACGCAUUAA